AUGGGGACUGUGUUAGCACACGAAUUUACUCACGGCUUUGACGAUGAGGGAAGAACGUAUGACGAAAGCGGAGAUGAUAAGGAUUGGUGGUCGGACGUAGCAUUGAAUAGUGUAGAAACAUUUGACGAGGACAUUGCAGACAACGGAGGAGUGAGCCUUUCCUAUCGUGCUUACAAGAGGCUUAACGCUAAGAAAGAAAAGUUGAAAGAUCUUGAAGAAUACACUGACGAACAACUAUUUUUUAUCGGAUAUGCAAAUUCAUUCUGCCGUAGCGAGACAGUUGAAUUCACGGAACACACUAUCAAAGCUGACGAACACAGCCCUCCUAAAUAUCGAGUAAACGUUCCACUGUCCAAUAUGAAAGAAUUCGCUGAUGCCUUUCAAUGCCGCGAAGGAAGUAACAUGAACCCAAGAAGAGAAAAAUGCAAAAUCUGGUAG